AUGGAGGAGCUUCUGUCUCUGAAAGAAUCCAUAGUUACUUACUUGGACAGAAGUGGAGGACUGCGUAAACUCGUUGACACCUGUCAGUCUCUUAACGAUUUUCAGCAGGUGUAUCGUUUCAGUUUUGACGUGAACCCCUCUGACAUAGUUGAACUGGAUGCCCGACUGGGAGACUGCAUCUUGCACAACCCCCUGAAAGCCACUUCGCUUUUUCAAUCAGUUUGUUUUCUCUCAAUAAAGACACUAUCACUAAUUGACCACAUACACACAGAGAGCCAGGUUAAUGUCGUUCUAAGGCCAACGCACAUGCCCCCAUUUCCCAGCUACAAUCUGGACUUAUCCGCGUUCCCUCGUGGAUAUUAUCUGAUGAGGCCCAUCGCAAUGGAGGGCCUUGUAAUCGCCAUGACCUGUGUAACAAAAUACACUCAAGGAGCCAGGUUUAUAUGUGCAGAAGAAAAAUGUCCUUGCUCCAGAGAUUUUCACCAUAUUAGAGUACAUGCACCAGGAGCUACAGAAUCAGCUACUGUUAGGAGCCACUUCAUCUGCUUCCUUUGCUCCUCACCACUCAAAGAGGAUGUGAAAUCUCGUGUUUUAGGAGAUAAGCAGCUGGUUGAGCUUGUACACAUGAGAGCUCUGGAUGUGUUGGGGCUCCAUGAGCCUUUUUCCAUAAGAUAUCAAUCUGUCACUCUGUUUUUGAGAGAUGAACUGUGUAACACUAUGAAAAUUGGCCAGCUCUACCGAGUAGUGGGAAUACCAGCACAUGUACUCCAGUCGCCCAAUAUUACUUAUACCAUAGAGGCUUGCAGCAUUCAAAAUCUCACGCCUAAAUAUCCCUCCUGUGUAAGCGACAAUUUCCAGGCUCUGCAUGCUGCCUCGGCCUAUUCUCCAUGGAGAUUCUCUGCGAUUGUUGCUAACGCAUUUGGCUCUCCAGCAGUCCCGCCUGGCCUGUACAGCACGCUGAAACUGGCACUCCUUCUUAGCCUGGUGCAGACCAAAGAGGAGAAUAUAGAGACGCACAAUCAUUUGGAUGUGCUCGCAUUCACUGGCGAUACUCUAAUUGUUGAGAGGUUAAUGACAUACAGUCUGAGUCUAUCAGCAAGAGGUAUUCGUCACCCAAUUGCUGCAGAACUGUUCACAUCUUUGUCCAGGGAUGAGCAUGGAGCAGGAACAGCCAACAUCCACGCAGGCUCUGCUCUUCUGGCAGCUGGGGGUGUGUGUCUUCUAGGGGACUUAACUUGCUACAAGAAAGACAGAAUAGACACCCUCCAGUCAGCAUUAGAUAGCAGAGCAGUCUCUGUGUUUAUCCCUGGAAAGAAGUAUGGUGAGGAUGCUGACCAGCUUAUGUCUUUUCCCAUCACCUGCAACUUUUGGGCCCUAGCUGAUGGAUUAACUGCUUCUAAAAAAGCUAACAGGCCAGACAAUGUACUGCUAGGCUGUGUGGAGAUGGGUCCAGUACCACCACCAGUUGUAGACGCAUUUGGUCUUGUGAUCCAGUGUCGAGAACCUGCAAGUAACCACCCACAUCUUCCUAUGACAGUACACACCCUAAGGCAGGCCAUUUCACCAGGAGAACCCAUUUACCCUGCCUGCAUGCAGUUUACCACACAGGACUACACAGAGCUCCUGGCUUACGCUCGGUGUCUAAAAGUAGACAUGAGCACUGAGGCUGAGCAGAUGAUACAUGGUUACUACAUGGCCAGUCGGAGACUGCGUUCAUCCAUUUCUGCCACAUCCAUUAAACUGCUGAUAGCCCUUGCACAGGCUCAUGCCAAGCUUAACCUGAGGACUCUUGUUUUGGAAGAGGAUGCAGUUAUUGCAGUGUUGCUGUGCGAGAACUCCUUUACUGUAAGACAUGGUGCCUCAGCACUUGUUAUUCCACCCGAUGCGGUGUUUCCCUGUGAUCUGCGUGACCUGGAGUCCCUUCAUAGACGAGACCUGACCUUGAACACUCUCCAUCAGCAGAUCUUGCAGUUCAUAUACAACUAUGCGCCAGGAGCUGCGACCUACAUUACAGAAGAAUAGGUCAAAUUUAAUCUUGGAGGUAUCUCUACAUCACUACAAAGAAUUACAGUUCUAUUGAUGGGUAUAUGAAAACAUAAAACUUAUUGCUGUAAGGUUCAAUUAUUCUAAUGUUAGGGCAAUAAGUGUAUUAACAUUAUACUGAGAUUUUCACAUCUAUAUGUUUGUAAUCUUACUUUAGUUUUAAAUGCAUUAAAGGUUUGCUGUCUGGUUUAAAGAAGCAACCAAUAUCUUGCACCUCCAAAGUUAAAGUCUCUACAAUUAUUGGGGUAAAAAUGGGAAAACAAAUCCAAAAGGCGAAUAAAUGUUAAGACAACAAAUGUCUUAACAUUUAUUCAAAACACUGCAUCCAAUAUAAGAAUUUAAUAGUUUAGCAGCCCAACCCAGAGUCAGUCUGACCAACCCCCCAAAGAUGCUUUUCAGAUAGUCACAUUAUCAACAACCCAGUCUGGUCUGAUGGGUAAACGGCAAAAAUGUGAAAUCAUCAUAAAUGCAUCAUCUCGGGCACAUUUUUUUGAGGGGGAAGAACACCUUUAAAAGGUGCUGGCAUACCCAUGUUCAGGUUAUAAUAGCAUUUUAGAUGUCCACUUCAGUGACUAAAGAACAAUCUCACAAUAGAACUCAAUCAUGGCAUUAACCACCACAAACUGGUUGUUCACAAGAA